CUGAUUUGGACCCUUGAUCCAACCUCUGACAGAGCAAUUGUUACAAUUCUCUGGCAAGACCAUGAGGCAUCCGUUCAACUAUUUUGUUUGUCUGACGAAAAACCUCAGCUUUUGCGCGACAAUUGACUCUCUUCCCGGGCUACACAGGUUGUCCCAUGUUCAUCGGGCUUGGUCAGUUAUGAAUUAUGGAUUCCUCGGCAUUCACCACACUCACAACCACCGAGAUCGUGCAGCCAUCGUGGGGGGAGCUAGCGGUGGCUAGAUAUGAAAAUUGCCUCGUUUUUAGCCAACCUCCUGUCACCAAACUUCCCCUCAGAUGAAUCGGCAGCCAUGAUCAGCAACAGCCAAUGAUGAGGGCCAAUGGCUCCGCAGUCGAGGUAAGACAUGCCGCCAUCACCGACUAUCUUCUGCGAGAGGCAGCACGCACACACAGCACAUUCGGCCUAUGGCAACCACGAGUUACCCGAAUGGCGGUGUCUGAGGGAGCUUCUUGAUACACAGCACACAGCACCCCAGACCUUUUUGAACAACUGUAUUACCAUUGACAACAACAAACCCCUUUUUGGAGUCUCUGUGCUGGCUUCCGAGAUGCAGAAAGGGGCUUCGCUUGCGCAGUGUCGGUCCACAUGUUUACCACCUGGCACGUGUGUCGGUUGAUAAAUUGCGAUGGGGAGGCAGGGGAGCCGACAUUGCACUGCGACGGUCAAGGAAUGACGAGUUAUUUCACGGCGCACGAGCCAGCUGGAAUCACAAGUGACAGCAUCAUCGUUGUGGCUGUUCGAGACAUUCUCCAACCGCUUCGUCUGCCGACAGCUUCAACGGACUGGGUUCCGGGUAUUCGGAUCUUGAUAGGGAAGAAAAAAAAAAAAUAAAGACGGGAACAGCGGAAGCACGGGCUCGCCGGUGUUCUUCCCGCUGGCUCCUGCGUGUGGGUUCGUAGUCGAGAGAUUUUCGGCAGGGAUCUAUACUUUUAGCGCCUACCCGAAGUGACGGGGCGGCCUCAGGGCCAAGGUCGACUUAUGAUGCAAUGUGGUAUCAAGUAUCAAGCUGCAGAUUCCAAGAAGACCUGUUGUCGUGCGACACAGCAGCUACGGCGACGUACACUGUAGCAGUCCAGAGCACACCGGAACAAGGCACAAGCAAGAAACAUUGCCAUGACUGUGCCAAGGUGACGCGAUAGCAGCUUCGCACUCUCUAGCUCAAGGGCCGACCGAUGAACAAGCCACCUCUGCACCCCUCAGCUGGGCUGGGAAUCUGGGAAAACCCUCUCAGUGCAGGAUUCGUAAUUCGGAAUUGCGCCAGCCAAUUCGCGCUCUCCAAAGCCCACGAUAGCUUGCCUUUUGGGACCAGCCAAGACCCAAAUUGCACCACCAAUCCCCGCCCGGCCUGGCCCAUCCUUGCCAAGGCCCCACGCAGCUUUUGGACAGCUCCUCCACUUCCAGUUUGAGAGACCUCCACGCCAGGUUGUGGCUUCGCUGUGCUGCUGUUGCUCAAUUUCAUUUUCCCCUUCCUGGUUUCCCCCCCCUCCUCUCCUUGAGCAACUCUCUAAAGCCUCUUAUCCGGUGGUUCGUAGACCCAACUUCUGCGAUUCCAGCCACAUCUUUUUUCUUUUCUUCGAGUCUUGUUCUUGGAUAUCCAUUACCUUAGUAGCCUUCUUCUACACACUAGCAUUUGCGAGCUUCCAGGUCGCUUGUGCCGCAAUCCGCCCGCCCACUGACGGAGCUCCCCCGGUUCUGUCUCUGGCAGCCAACCCGACAACAGACACUCGGAAUAUCGGCCUAGGCCAACCGACAUUGCCUCUUCCUCGCCAUUGAACCAAUUGACCAACGCAAGCGUGGCUGCUGAAGCAGCGUGUACACAGAGACGACCAUGGCGACGGCGGUUGCUGCCGCGGAGCUUAAGCAGCAGGGAGCUAUCGAGGCUGCUCAGGAUCCAGACAGCAAGGUCACCGCUGAUGACGCCCAACAAAAGAUUGUCGAGGAAAGUCGACGAGCUGGCGUGACGGCCUUCACAUUCAACCCUGACGCCAGCCCGGAGGAGAAGAAGGCGCAAGCUCAAGCUGCUAUACCAGAAGGUUUCCACCGAAACCCAGGUGGUGUCGCCAUCGCAUCGGAUCUUGAUACUGACAGCAAGUCUGUCAUCGACCUUCCCACACCGUCCAAGGCUGGCGCACUCGAGGUGGUCAAGGCCGAAAAUGGCAAGGUCAUUGUCGGUGGUCAUGUUGAGGAGGACGAAGACGACUGGUGGGAGAAGACCGGUUGGGAACCCAGGUUUGGGUGGCCGGCUGAGUCGAGUCUCGAGGGUGAGAGCAUGCUCGACCAUCAGACAUUACUAGAGACUCAGAUUCCCGAGAAGUUCUUUGGAGACUGGUAUCACAACGCCGCUGUCAUUGCUUUUGCCUGCUUGUCUUCGUGGCUGGUGGCUGUUCUUGGUGGUGGUCUCGCCUGGGUAUUCAUCAUUGGCGCAGCUUGCUCAACUUAUUACCGCACCUCUCUGCGCCGCGUGCGCCGGAAUUUCAGGGACGACAUCACUCGUGAACUUGCGCUCAAGAAGCUCGAAACCGAUAACGAAUCUGUCGAAUGGAUUAACUCUUUCUUGGUCAAGUUCUGGCCCAUCUACCAGCCAGUCCUUGCCCAGACCGUUAUCAGUUCUGUCGAUCAAGUUCUCAGCAAUGCGACCCCUGCCUUUUUGGACAGCUUGAAGCUCAAGACUUUUACCUUGGGUUCGAAGCCGCCGAGAAUGGAACAUGUGAAGACGUACCCCAAGGCCGAGGAUGAUAUUAUUAUUAUGGACUGGAUGUUCAGCUUCACCCCCAACGAUACCGCCGAUAUGACUUCCCGCCAGCUCAAGAACAAGGUGAACCCCAAGGUUGUGCUUGAGAUCAGAAUCGGAAAGGCCAUGGUCAGCAAGGGUUUGGAUGUUAUUGUCGAGGACAUGGCUUUCAGCGGUUUGAUGCGUCUCAAGAUCAAGCUGCAGAUCCCUUUCCCCCACGUCGAGAAGAUUGAGAUGUCUUUCCUGGAGAGGCCGACCAUCGAUUACGUCUGCAAGCCUCUUGGUGGUGAGACGUUUGGUUUCGACAUCAACUUCAUUCCCGGUUUGGAGACCUUCAUUAUGGAGCAGAUCCACGGCACUCUUGCCCCGAUGAUGUAUGCGCCCAAUGUUUUCCCCAUCGAAGUCGCCAAGAUGCUCGCCGGUACUCCUGUUGAUCAGGCCAUCGGUGUUCUCGCUGUUACUCUUCACGGUGCUCAAGGCCUCAAGAACACCGACAAGUUUGCCGGUACCCCUGAUCCCUAUGUUCAGCUCUCUUUGAACAGGAGACAGGUGCUCGCCCAGACCAAGGUUAUCAAGGAGAACGCCAGCCCCCGCUGGAACGAGACUCACUACAUCAUUAUCACUUCUUUCAAUGACUCGCUCGAUUUUGACAUCUUUGAUUUCAACGAUUUCCGCAAGGACAAGAGGAUUGCCCAGGUUUCUUUCCCUCUCGAGAACGUCGAGGAGGUUUGGGAGCACGAGAACGAAAGAUUGGAACUCACCAACGAUGGCAAGGCAAGAGGGGUUUUGUUUUCCGAUAUCCGGUUCUUCCCUGUCUUGGAGCCUAAGAAGCUCGAGGACGGUAGCCUGGAGCCGGCUCCCGAGUCUAACCAGGGUAUCUUGCGCUUCACGGUUGAGCAGGCCAAGGAACUUGAUGGUGGCAAGAGCAUGAUCGGCCAACUCAACCCCUACGCGACUCUCACAUUGAAUGGAAAGGCGGUCCAUACUACCAAGAAGCUGAAGCGCACCAACAACCCUGUUUGGGGCGAAAAUGGCUCCAAGGAAUUCCUCAUCACUGACAAAGCGCAUGCCAAGCUUGGUGUUGUUAUCAAGGAUGACCGUGACAUUGCCGGAGAUCAGACUGUUGGAAACUACCAGAUCAAGCUGGAAGACAUGCUCGAACUGAUGGCAAAGGGACAGGAUUGGUACAAUCUUGCUGGCACAAAGACUGGCCGUGUCAAGAUGCAGGCUCAAUGGAGGCCGGUGGCCAUCUCGGGUAUUGCGACUGGCAGUGGCGGCUACGUAACACCCAUUGGUGUUUUGCGCCUUCACUUCAAGCAUGCCAGGAACCUUCGUAAUGUCGAGGCUCUUGGCAAGUCUGACCCGUACGUGCGCGUGGUCAUGUCGGGCAUAGAGAAGGCCCGUACUGUCACGUUCAAGAACAACCUUAAUCCCGACUUCGACGAGGUUCUCUACAUCCCCGUACACUCGGCGAGAGAGCGCCUCCAGCUUGAGGUCAUGGACUCUGAGAACGUGGGCAAAGACCGCAGCCUUGGCCUGACGGAGAUCUCCUCCGGUGACUACAUGGUUCAGGGUGAGCUUGGCGAGUGGCUUGUUCACGACGAGAAGAAGGAGCACGAGGAUGGCCUGCGUAUCCACAACAAGGGCACACCCAAGGGCACCCUUACUUACACUGUCGCCUUCUAUCCUACUCUCAACAUUGCCGAUCCCGAGGAAGAGGCUGAGAAGGAGAAGAAGAGGCUUGAGGAGGAAAAGGAAGCAGCAGAUGAGGAGAAGGAAGAAGGAAAGGAAUCCGAUGCCUCGUCUGGCUUGGAUGUUCCUCGCUCUACCGAGGCCGGCAAGUUCUCGGCUGACCUUAAGGAGCCAGCGACGCCUCUCACGCCCAAGACCCCCGGUACUCCCCUCUCGGCGACAUUCUCCUCCCGGAGAUCGCAUGAGAACAGAGAGCCCCCCAAGGUCUACCUUACACCCCAGGAGCUGCUCAAGAAGGAGUCUGGUCUUAUCAUAUUCAAGCUCAUGGAGGCCGAUUUGCCCAAGAGUCAGACCCGCAUCGAGGUCUUUGUAGACGACAUGGCCUUCCCUUCGUAUACCUCUUCGGUUGCCAAGAAGUCAAAGACGACUUUUGACGAGAUUGGCGACUGCUUCAUUCGUGAACUGGAGUUCUCCAAGUUGACCAUCAAGGUGUCGGAGAAGACGGACAGCAAGGAGGGCAAAAAGGAACGAGUCCUGGCCCGUCUUACCGGAAAUACUCUUGAUACGCUCAAGCAAUGCUUGAACAACCCAACGGUGCUCAAGCUGAAGGAUGAUGAUGGAAACGUGUAUUCCAUCCAGGUCAGCCUCAAGUAUGUUCCAGUGCAGAUGACACUCGACCCCAGCGAGAGUAUCAAUAACAUGGGUAAUCUCCGGGUCGAUGUGUUGGACGCCCAGAACCUGCCAUCUGCCGACUCCAACGGCAAGAGCGACCCUUAUUGCAAGUUUGAGCUCAACGGCGUGGAAGUGUUCAAGACCAAGACGGUCAAGAAGACGCUCAAUCCCGAGUGGAAGGAGUUCUUCACGAUUCCAAUCCCCUCGAGAACGGCGGCCAAGUUCAAGGCGACUGUUUGGGAUUGGGAUUUCGCUGACAAGCCUGACUUCCUCGGCGCUGCUGACAUUAACCUUGAGCAGCUCGAGCCAUUCAGGGGCCAGCAGUUCACUUACACCCUGGACGGAAAGUCGGGCACCCUGCGGCUCCGUCUGCUCUUCACGCCAGACUACGUCACCAGGACAAGACAGGGCACUUCAACCCUCACUGGUACCUUCUCGGUGCCAGGCAGAAUCGUUACUGGUGUGGCUGGCGUGCCUCUCAAGGGCGGUGCCGCUGUGGGCCAUGGUGUUGCCAAGGGUGCCUCUUUCUUGAAGCGCGGAUUCCGCAGUGCUACGGGCAGAAGGGAUGAUGAUGAAGAGUCUGUCAGCUCGGCCGACAUUCCCAUCAUCACUACCAAUGGCCCCGACUCAGGGCCCGGCGGCGGACUGAAGAGAUCAGGCGGUCUUUCAUUCCCCGAGGCUAUCCCAGAGGCACCACCAAGCCCUCCUGGUGACAAGACUGCCGGUCUUGCCAACGGCGCGGGCGGUCUCACCCUUCAUCACACAAGAACCAGGAGUGUAGGUGCCUCUUCGGUGCACAGUGCCAUUUACCCUGGAGCGUCUUCUGGCACUGCCACCUUCAAUGUCGUUUCCGCCACCGGCUUCCCUCCGUCGGCGGAUGUCUACGUCAUCAUCACGCAGACCAAGGACGGCAAGACCAAGCAGGUCGGCAAAACCAAGCAUCGCAAGUCGUCUAGUGGCACGAUCAAGUUCGAUGAGACGUUCAAGAUUCAGUGCACUCCAGACGCUCAGUUCAAGGUAGAGGCCAAGGAGCACCACACCUUCGGUAGCGACGACCCGCUUGGCGAGACUCUCUACUUUGUGGAUGAGACCAACUCUGGUCAGGAGAAGCAGCUGUCGAUUGGUUCUGGGUCUGUCUGGAUCAGGAGCUCAUUCGUUCCGACUGAGGAGAAGGGUCUGCCAGACAGCCCCAAGUCUACGUCGGGGAUCAGGAGGAGUUUUCUGAGCAAAAAGGACCUGAAGGUGCCGGGCUCUUCGGGGUCAUGACUAGAUGGCAGUCGCAGUGUUCGUCGCAAGUUUUCAUGGGGAAGGAGUAAGAAGGACAAGGGCAAGGGCAAAGGGUAAUUGAUUAGGGUUUUUUUUUUGGGUGGAAAUGGCAUUCAUAUGGAGUCUGAGGCGAGAAGGGAGGAGGGUUGGGGUUAAUAACUAACUGUUAGUCCUGGAUUGGGGGUUUAUUUUUGUUUCUACUGUUUAUUGUUUGUGUCAUGGUCAUGGCAUUGUUGCUAUUAAUUGCGUGAUUGAUGGUGGUAGUGGUGGUUUUUAUGAUACCUGUUUUUGUUACUGGUAGUUUUAUCGGUGCUGUUGAAAUGAAAAGUACUUUUAUGAAUAUUGGAGGAUAUGUGAUAUUAAAUCGAUGGAGACCUACC